UUAAUCAGAAACCGGUUCUUCUUGCCACGCAGAAACGUUAGAGGUUAUUGUGUGUCAUCAAGAUAUUUUGUUCAAAUAGAUAAAAAUAUCAUUAAAAAUGUCGACAUUAGCUGUGAUCGGAAAGUUUCUUCAAGAGUAUACGAAAACUACACCAAAAAAGCUGAAAAUAAUUGAUGCCUAUUUACUUUACGUGUUUUUGACGGGUGUCAUACAGUUUGUGUAUUGCUGCCUUGUUGGCACAUUUCCAUUCAAUAGUUUUCUAAGUGGAUUUAUUUCAUGUGUCUCUUGUUUUAUUUUAGGAGUUUGUCUACGAUUACAAGUUAAUCCACAAAACAAAAGUCAAUUCCAUGGAAUAAGCCCAGAGAGAGGAUUUGCAGAUUUCAUAUUUGCCCAUAUAAUACUUCAUAUCGUUGUGAUGAACUUCAUUGGUUGAUUAAAGUAUUUAUCAUUUGUUUAAUCUAUAUCAAUUUAAAUGAUAAACAAUCAGAAAUGAAAUACGAAAAAAGAUCAUAUCGUUUUACGUUAAAAAAAAAUAUGUAUAUUUGCAUAGACUAUUGACUCGUUUUGAUUGAGUUUAUUUCAGCAUAAGCAUAUUUUUGUCAUAGAAGUAAUAUGUAAGUUUCUAUAAAAAAAAAAAAAAAAAAAAAUUACUACUAAGAAAAAGAAAAAAAAAGAAGAAAAUAUGUAAGAGAAAGUAAUAAAUCACGAAGAAAUUAAUUCGACUAGUUUUAUGCUUCAAAAACAAACGAUGUAUAAACUACGACAAUUUAUAAUACAUUUUAUUUGUCUCUUAUUUUUCAUACAACCUUCUUUAGGGUUGGGAGGGAGGUACAAGAAACUUUAUAUGUUCUUCUAAAUUUAAUAUAUAUUUUAAACUCAUAUUUACAAUGACGUUAAAGGGAAAAAUCUCUAACGCGCAUAAGUGCAUAAGUUCUUUUUCCACAUAUACGAAAGUAUCGUUCUUGCACCGUCAAGAGAUGUUUUAAGUUUUUCGUUUGUUAGAAAAAAAAAAAAAAAAAGAAAAAAAAUCACAUAUGGUGCAAGAGUACAAAUCGUUGAUGCUUUUUAGAAAUACAUUUAUAAAUAAAUUAACAUGUAUAUCUUACAAGAGAUAUAUAUAUAUAUUAAACUAUCGAAUAGUAAAUAUCCAAAUAUAUGUAAUAAUAUAUAUAUAUUUAGCAAAGAAAUUGGAUUACUUUUGUUUCUUUUUCUCAACUAAAUAUCGUAUUUAUUUGAUGAACGAAACAAAUAUUUUCCAAGCUCUCAAACGUGUAAUUUUUCAUUAUCUCUGAUUUCGAUACUAAAAGCUAAAGUGGAAAUGCUAAAAUUUCACCUGGCGAAUUGCCAUACACAAAAAGUUGUAUCUUCACAACAUGUUUAUCUCUUAUUUUCCUACCUACGAGUGACUUAUGACCUAAUUAAAUAAAUAGCAUCUUUACAUGAUUAGAAUGAAACAAAAAAAAAUCAAGUAAUACGAAUACGAAUACAAAGAAAAUUAAAACACAUGGUAUAACAAUGGACAUAACAUUAUUAUAACUUAAAAAAAUAAAUUUCCAUUCGUAUGAAUUUAAAGCCAGUUAUUUAACGAUGUAUGAAUAUCAUACAAACAUACACGUUAUAUAUCUUCAACCGUAUGUGUUAAAUGUAAAUGUGUGUAUAUAUAUUUAGAAGAAGUUUAAUUAUAUCACAUAAGCAGCCAAGGAAACUCAAUCAAUAUAGUUAUGAUUCGUUGUUAAAGGAAUACGUAAUACAUAAAA